UCUUAGCCUGUGUGUUUUAAACUCGCGUCACUUCCUUUAUCCUUCACGAGAGAGCGACGGUCGGCGGCGCGAGGAUGUUGGCAACCAGAGCAUUUCGUGUUGUUGGUAAACGGGCCCUGUCAACUUCCGUCUGCCUUCGUGGUGGACAUGGAGUUGCUAAGGUGGAGGACUACACACUUCCAGCAUACUUCGACCGUCGAGAGAACCCUCUGCCUGACAUUAAGUUUGUGCAGCAGCUGAGUCCUGAACAGAAGUCCCUGAAGGAGAAGGAGAAGGGCUCCUGGGCUGCUCUUUCCAAGGAGGAGAAGAUUGCAUUGUAUCGCAUCACCUUCAAGGAGAGCUUUGCUGAAAUGGAGAGGGGAACAGGCGAGUGGAAAUCAGUAGUUGCUGGAAUUUUCUUUUUCAUUGGUAUAACUGGCCUUGUUGUCUUGUGGCAGAGGAAGUAUGUUUAUGGAGAUGUUCCCUAUACCUUUGACCCAGAGUACAAGCAGAAGGAGGUCCAGAGGAUGCUGGAUAUGAGGAUCAACCCUAUAGAGGGCUUUUCUGCAAAAUGGGACUAUGAAAACAAUGCUUGGAAGAAAUAAAUUCAUGUUCUUUCUGGUGCACAAAAGUAACCUCUGAAUGCAUUUUGGAAGAUUGCUUCCUCUUAUGGCUCGUGCAUGAUAAAAAAUAAAAUUCCAAAAUGAA